AUGCCUCAGUACCCUCUCCCAUUUGCGGCUCCUAUGCCUGCAUACAUCGACUCGCAAUACGUUCGAACCGUUCUGCCUAUGAUGGAAAGCAAUCUGUCUCCAGAGAUCUGUUCAAGGACUCCACACGGACCCACCCCUCUCUCCCCUUCUUCAUCUACGAGCGAGUUCAGAGUGAGCAAGGCCAAGAAAGGGAAGCGGGUGCAUGCUUGUGAAUUUGCUGGAUGUACCAAGCUGAGCACCGGCGACGCCAUGAACUGA